ACCGCCAGUAAAAUAUUCCAAAUAUUUUAACUGCAAGCACAGAGAUGAGGGGACACAGAUAGCGGAGUGCGGAGGGAGUGAAAAGCGAGAGGUGCAAGUGAGCUAACAAGCUAACUAGCUAUAGACAGUGAAGGGGGCAUAUUAGAUGUGACAGUGGAGAAUGGAGAGGACUCCGUACGCUCGGCGAGUUUUGUCCACAGAAAGGGUACUCAAACUCGGUCUCUACCGACCAGGGGGCGUGUGCUGAAACUGGAGAAACACCGGGUGGAAAGUAAGGAAUGGCUGAUCCUCUGCGGAGGACUUUACUAGCAAAACUUCGGGGGAAGAAAUCCAAGAAUGGGACACCGGUUGGUGGAUACGGAGCUGCAGCUAAUGGGGGCAGAGAAGCUCUGAUAGAAAAUGACCACUCCUCCUUCUCCAACGGCCUUGAUGUGGGCGGUGGCAAGGCUGUCGAGACGUCGCUAUGGAGACCCCCGCUCAACACCAUCACCGUCUCCAAGAAACGUAAUUGGCUCCAGCAGAGCUCUGGGAGGCCGCGUCACGCCACGGACGAACCCCAGUACCUUCUGGGAGCAGAGGAAUACAAUGGACACGGAAAUGCUCCACUCCCCCCUCUUAGCCCCUCCCCAGAGAACCUAAACCCUCCCGGGCCAACCCUAUCUCACCCAUUCCACCUACACCUGCCCCUCGUUAGAAUGGGCCACGCCCGUGUGGCGCCUCGUUCCAGGUGUGUGGAACCGACUGAGGAGAAUGAUGCGGACGAUGAGGGGGAGAUCUGGUACAACCCCAUCCCUGAGGAUGAGGAACCAGAGCUGCAUCACAGCCACAGACCCACUCCCACCCCCCAGGUCAGGCUGAUGGUCCAGACACGGCCCCAGGGUCCUCACGUCCCCCAGACCCAGAGGAGGCCCAGCAGGGGAGAGGAUGUUGGGGUCAGGCGGGCCCUGGAGGGAUGCAGCCCUAACCUGGAGGGUGUGGGGGAGAGCAUGGGUGGCGGAGGUGGAGAGCGGAGUCAGCAGGGGAUUGCCAUGCGUUGCAUGGGGCCGUCUCUACAUCUGCAAAGACAGAUGCUGCUCGCGUGCAAACCUCAGGAGUGGCCAACCAUUUCCAGCAGAGCCACAGCUACAGCAGAAGCCCCUGACCUGGCCAUCCCUGACUUCCCGCCGCCCUCAGGCCUCAACCCUGCCAAAAAGGGAAGCUCCCUCAACUGGUCAUUCCCGGACAGGAUCAAGUCUCCACGCACUGUCAGGAAACUCUCCAUGAAGAUGAAGAAGCUUCCAGAACUCAGCCGCAAGCUCAGCGUAAAAGGGACCCCUAGCAACAACAACAACAGCAGCUGCAACGGAGCCAGCGAGAGCAGCAUCUUAAAGACCCAGUGUCCCAAAAACAAUUACGGGUCAGAACCAGGCCCAGCUACUCCCAGGUUGUCCCCAAGGGGUGGGCAGGGGGCGGUGGCUAGCCAUAAUGUGAUCUCGAGGUAUCACCUGGACAGCAGUGUGUCGACGCAACAAAGCUACAGCAAGAAGAAGAGCAGCGGGACCUCCAAGUCGGCUAGCAAGGGGGGCUACCUCAGUGACGGGGACUCCCCAGAACUGGUGACCAAGUCUGGGAAGCACGGGUCCUCAGAGGCCAAGGGAGGCAAUGGGAAGGAGAAAGACCCAGCCACUGGAGGAGGAGAGAGAACAGGAGCUGGAGGAGUAACAGGAGGAAGUGGCAGCCCCAGGCUGCACGGCACAGAACUAGACAUUGACGCUUUCCGCCACUACGCCUUCACAGAACAGCCUAAGUGCACCCAAUACAUCUCGGGCCUGAUGAGCCUGCACUUCUACGGCGCCGAGGACCUCAAGCCACCACGCUUCGACUCCCGAGACGUCUACUGUGCCAUCCAGGUGGACUCGGUCAACAAGGCGCGCACUGCCCUGCUCACCUGUCGGACCACCUUCCUAGACAUGGACCACACCUUCAACAUCGAGCUGGAGAACGCCCAGCACCUGAAACUAGUGGUGUUCAGCUGGGACCCCACACCCAAGAAGAACCGGGUGUGCUGUUACGGCACAGUGGUGUUACCGGCACUCUUCAGGGUGACCAGGAGUCAUCAGCUGGCGGUGAAGCUGGAGCCUCGAGGCCUGAUCUACGUGAAGCUGAACCUGAUGGAGCAGUGGCAGAACUCCCUGGAUGGAGGCUACAAUGGGGACCGGGAGCCACAGAUGUUUGGGGUGGAGGCCUGGAGGGUGGUUGUGAGGGAAAACACAGGACUCAUGCUGCCCCUGCUCAUUGAGAAGUGCAUCACGGAGAUCGAGACGAGAGGCUGCCAGGUUGUGGGCCUCUACCGUCUGUGUGGCUCAGCAGCAGUAAAGAAGGAGCUGCGGGAGGCCUUUGAGAGGGACAGCCUAGGAGUGGAGCUCUGUGAAAACACCUACCCUGACAUCAACGUCAUCACGGGUGUUCUGAAGGACUACCUGCGUGAGUUGCCCUACCCCCUUAUCACUAAGCACUUGUAUGAGACUGUGUUGGACUCUAUGGCUCAGAGACCUCUGCGUAUCGGAGCAGGAGGAUGUGAAAAUGACCCGGCAGACACAGAACACACCGUUAGUCUCCUGGAGAACCUGCCAGAGGUGGAGAGGUUGACCCUGCGGAGGCUGCUGGACCACCUGAAGCUGGUGGCGUCAUUCCAUGAGGUCAACAAGAUGACGUGUCAGAACCUGGCGGUAUGCUUCGGCCCCGUGCUGCUCAGCCAACGCCAGGAGGCCAGCUGUCAUAGCAACCGGGUCUUCAUCGACUCGGAGGAGCUGGCCAGCGCCCUACACUUCAAGAAACAUAUCGAAGUGCUACACUACCUGCUGCAGCUAUGGCCAGUGAUGGACCCACGUGACAAGACCUCGUCCCCCAUCCCAGGGCCCCCCGGCCCAGCCGACCAGCUGGCCGUUCCCCCCCUGCGUCGGAGGAAGGAGCGCCCCCAGGUGCUGACCUUGAGCGAUGCAGAGAUGGCCGGGGUGCUGCGGCCCAGGCCGGGCCGUCUGGACAGCCCUAGCAACCGUUACGCCGGGGACUGGAGCCGCUGUGGACAGAGCUACUUCCCCCCUCCUCGGUCCUGGGAGGAAAAUGACUAUGCUGAUGUUCCUUCUGAGGAUAUGGAGGUCACUGAAGAGGAACUAGAGGGGGUAGAGGACAAGGGACAGGAAGGAGGAGAGGAGCAGAGACAGGAAUGGUUACUGGACAGGGGACAGGCAGAGCCAGCCACAGCCGAACAGGAGCCCUCAUUACCCGAGGAGGUGAUGGAAGGACCUGUAGAAGUGGAGAAAGAGGAGAGGGAAGCAGAGGAGAGGGAAGCAGAGGAGAGGGAAGCAGAGAGGAGAGUGGAGGAGCGUGAUGGCUCCAGUGGUGGUCAGCCGUCAGACAACAGGGUGUGUGAUGAUGAUGAUGAUGAUAAGCGCAUCCUGCCCCUCCACCUCCCCAAAGAGCACACAUACCAGGCCUACAUGAAGAUCCAGGACAUCAGCCCCGUGCUCAGCAACAAGGUCAACCUGCGAGACCUGCAGGAGAGCAUCGACACGCUUAUAGGCAACCUGGAGAGAGAACUCAACAAGAACAAGCUCAACGUCGGCUACUGACUCAACACACAUACAGCUCAACAGGCUACUGACUCAAACGCGUGCCCCCAAUUGGGGGGGGGGGGGGGGGGGGCUUAACUAUUCUAGGAGCUCAAGACUCGAGUUGUUGGGGUUCAGGAAUUGGCCCCAGGGUUGCCGUGGUGAAUCCAUGACGACACAGUGGCGUGUGCACCAACAGUAUUGUGUGUUCCUGGUGUUUAGAACUCUGGUGUGUGAUUGGCUGGACACCUCAUUUAGCACCUACCCGCAAUACAUUCCGUGAUGUUUCAUUAAUGUUUUGUUUUUGUUGACUAUGUUCCUGUCCGGUUGUGUGUUUGUUUUUGCCUCUCUUCUUAUUAGAAGAACCCAUUGACCCCCAGGGGUGUAAACAGUGCCUUAUUUGUGUGAAGGUUGGACUUUAAGGCAGGGGACAGCUUUUCUAUUGAGGUACGAUUAUGAUGUACAACAAUGCACUUGUGAGGCAGGCUUUAUUGUAUAGAAGAUGACGUUUAGGUACAGUAUAUGGUACACGCGGUAUGGCUGGCUAUGGACUGGGAGGAAAGCCACCAGCUAGCGGCUAGCCCACUGAACCCCCCCUCCUCCUGGGGCACGAGGACACCCCUGCUGGGCUCUGUCGAAUGGGCAGAUGGAGCCUGGGAUAGACCCACAGACCCUAUCAUGUACAAAGUCACAGACAUAGCUGCUUGAAUACGAUGGAUAUACACAUAUAAAUGAGGAAAUACGGGUGAUAAGUGUCUCUCUACUUGCUAGAACAUGCAGAGUAGCUAAUCUGAAGCAAAUUAAAGAGGGAUAGAAAAAUUGUUUUAUGUAUUUGAAAAAAUAAGUGUAUAUGAUGACAUUGCUGUCUGUUUUUCUUUCAUUACCUUCUCCCCAACCUCCUACGUGAUCUAGAAACAGACAGUGAUCACUUGCGGGUUUAAAGAGCAAAAGCCAAAUGUGGUAAACUUAUGUACUUAUGUACUGCCUGAAGAACAGCAGUUCCCAUGUUUCAUAGAAACAGUUAGUUUGAAAAGGGCUACAGCGAGGGCUAUGGGAGUCCGCUACCUAAAUACAUAGAAGCAAGUUUUCAGCAAUCCAGGGAUUCAGAAUGACCAGUAUUUAACAAAUGUAUAUCAAUGUUUUGAGUAUAUUUUUUACAGCUAAUAUAAAUUUCCAUACAGGCAUAUUUAAAUGCUCUCCAUUACCUUGUAGUAUGGAUCUAUAGAUAGUAACUGUCUCAGACUAUAUGUUGUGUUGCUUUGUUUCCUCCCCCAUGCUAUCUGUACACUUCUUAAAACGUGCUGGACUAAUGGUACAAUUUAAGCUGUAAAAUAAAUUAGAUAGAAAUAUGUUCUUGCAGGAUAAGAGAUAUUGCUAUUUUUUUUUUUAGUUUUUUUUUUUUAAUUGUACAUAUUUGCCAUCUGUUUUUGUUCACAGGUUAGUCUGAGCUGUGUGUAUAUAUGUGUUUUAAAAAGGUACUGGUGGGGAUUGUUGCAUGGUCAAUAGCUUUAUUACUGACAUAAACAAGUAUAUUUCCCAUCUCCCGAGAUUACCAUAAAUGUGUACAUACAGAGAUUAUUUAAAAUGUGUUCCUAUGCCACUUUGUCAUCCAUUUGGCAGCUGCUCAUGCACACAGCCUAACAACAAGGUUGUUCAAACUGACAUUAAAUUCAAAUAAUAAAACAUGGCAGUGCAGUCGUUUCUGAUGGUGAAACUAUCCAGUGUCAAGCUGUGGUUGUGUCCGAAAUGACACCAUAUUCCCUACAUAGGGCUUUGUUCAAAAGUAGUGCACUAUAAGCCCUUACAUAAGUAUGUUUUUCUGGUUGAAAUUCUGGUCUGGCACUGGUUCCUUACCUCCAGGCAUGGAUGGCGUCUGGACUGGAGGUUCAGUUUGAAAGGUUCAGCAGAGUGCCAGUAGAGUCUAACAGCUGUUUAUCACUCACAGGUGACUAAGCUCGUCAAGCAUCAUCUCUGUCUCUUUUCUUCUUUGUACUGAUCUUGAGAAAUGUGUGGUCAUAUUAAAUUAUAUAUUUCAUGUG